AUGGAGAACAAGCUCAUAUCAUUCCUCGGCGACCCCAACUUCCCUUCCAAAAUAGCCAUCGAGAACAGCGGCAGCGAUCGAGGCGAGCGGAUCCGUCUCUACGAGGAUUUCUACCGACAGUACUCCAGACUUGACUUUACCCGCUGGACCGAUCGACCAAUUGCCAUCUCGGGUCUUCAGAAGCGGCUCCUACGUGAUCUCGAGGUCGAAGGUGGAUUCGGCGUCUUUGACGAUGGUCGCAGCCUUCUUCAGCGGAGUCUCCUCUGGAAAAGAGCUGAAGACGUUUCUACCCUCGAAAAAGUCCUUCUGUUAUCUGGAGAGCCGAUCGCGGUUCCUAGCUGGUCGUGGAUGGGCUAUAAAAACCCGAUCGACUACUUAGAUCUUCCGCUGGGAGACGUGUAUUGGACUCCCGACGAGAUCGUAAGUCCGUGGACUGGAACGACAAAAGACUCGGACAUCGAUGGCAGCCAGAAUAUAGGACGACUCAAGGCUGUUGCUAGAGGAUACACUGUUGCGGAGGAUCAUGAAACUCGAUUUCGCAUUUUCUAUGACAUGGAUAAGCCAUCAGAAGCAAGAGCAAAGACAUUGAAAUGCGUGGUUAUGGGCAGAGCGGUGGCGAAGACACGUGUUGAGGAAACCACACACUAUGUUCUCGUGAUUACACCAAUAUCGGUAUCCAAUGAGGAAAGCAUAUAUGAGAGAGCCGGUGUCGGAUAUAUGGCCGGGAGCUACAUCGAUUUUGCGGAUGCUGGGCUGUUGCAAAUGGUGACUAUCCAUUGA